UGCGCUGCUGAUAUCGGGUUUAGCAGAAAGUUUGUUUACAAUUUUGAUAGCGUGCAAGUGCUUGAAAACAAUUAAACAAACAAAACAAUAUAAACAAAAUCAUUAAAUUAUAAGCAAACGCAUAUAUGCCGACUUAUGAAGGACUUGUGAUUCGUUAACAUCAGCAUUAUUCACACGCAGCUGGUUACAGGACAAACACCGGCAGGCGUAGCCCUUUAAACGCCGUUGACAUGGAGGACUUUAGCAGCAUUAAACCGAAUAGUUCGGUGGUCAAGUUAGCCGCUUGCCUGGAGAAGAUCUACAACAAAAUAGUGGAGUCCAAGGAGAAGCAGAUAGCGGAGCAGCAAAUCAAGGAAAUCGAGUUCCUGAAAACGCAAUGCAAGCACGAGCAUAUGCAACUCAGCCUGAUGAGCUGUCAGACGUUGGUCCGCCUCGUCGACGAGGGCGUCCUCGAUGCCAACAGUGUACAGAACACGCUGCUAUCAAUGCUGCCCAAUGCGGGCCCCAUGCACUUUGCCAUUAUAACCGAGAGCAUAUUGGGACUGCAGAUGUUGUGUCUGAAGCGCAAGAUAACGCUGCUGAAGAAUAAUGAGACGUAUCAAUGUCCCUAUGGUCUGAAGACGCAGCUUCAUCCGCUAAUAUCGUUGAUGCAACAUUCAAGUGCCAACAUGCACGAUGUGAGCAACAAGAUUAUUGGCAUCUGUCAGCACCAAGACAUAAACAUUCGCAACUACAGCAUCGAAUAUCUCCGUCCAGUCUUUCUCUAUGUGCUCUGCAAUCCGCAAACACUCCACGAUGUGAAGCCCAUUUGGACCUGUUUACUUGCUCUCAGUCACAAGCAGCCGGAGGCACGAGCACUCAUGCAGGAGCUGCUGUCGUGGAGCAAAUUCAAUAAUGCCAGCACUUGUUUGUGCACCAGCAUUUUGGUCAUCGAGGCUAUCGAUUACUUCCUGCAGCAGGCGGACCAUGCCCAGUCCAUUGAUCUGUGCAUUUAUCAGGCGCUGCUCAUAAAGCAGUUGGCUCACUACGGCAUCGAUCCGCGUCCAAGUUUGCAGUGUUUGUUGCGCGUGUUGCAUGCAACGCGCGAACACACGCGUAAUCAUUAUCACGUGCUGCUGGUGCUGCUCGCCGAAUGCCUGCAUGUGCUAUCGCCUUUCUAUUUGGCCGAUCUGCUGCGCAUUAUUGUGUUUGUGGUGGUGCAGGAGCGCUGUGGCCAUGAAUACAUUCUGAACAUGUGUCUGGACGGCAUCAUUCAGUGGAUGUCUCAGACUGCAUUCAUACCCGCAGAGGGCCUAGCGCUGGCGCAUCAAAUUGUCCAGCGUGUGCUCGACCAGCAAAAGCAACCGAAGGAUGGCAACGAGGUGGAGGAGGAGUUUGCAACACGCAUCUGCACAAAGGAGUUGCAACCGGCGCAUAUGCGCAACUAUCAUCCAGACAUUGCCAUAGCCUUCGAUCUGGCCAAUCUGGUGGAAUCUUUCGAUGUAUCCGAGAACAAGGAUGUCUUUGCAUUUGUCGAUGCACUCAAUGUUAAAGCGAACACUGCCUUUUGUCAGCGACUGCAUUUGUUUUUGCGCGCUCUGUUUCUGUCGCGCGAACCACCUGUUGACUGCUGGUUCAAGAUCUACGAGGUCAUCUUACAGAUUAUCAAAGUCAAUGAGAGUAUUGCCUACGAUUUCCUCAUGACGUACAUCUUCAAGUUGGCGCAUGAACAUAAUCCGGAGCUUCAGCUGGAGCUGCUACGCGGUCUGUCCAGUUUUGCAGUGUCGAAGGAUAAUGUGCCCAUGAUUCUCAACACUAUAAGGAAUUUGUCGUCGGAUAAUGCCACUUUCUGUGUCGAUUUGUAUCUGCGUCUGUGGCGAGUGGAGACACGCACUUAUCCUUUCUUGCUGAAGCAAAUCGCACAGCCGCUGCCGGACAACGACAAACGAUGGGAGCUGGAAGUCGCUCGAACUCAUGCCAUGCGCGAAAUCUGCCAGGAAAAACCUACUUUACAUGGUUCCGAGCUACUGCCACAUUUGAGCAACACGCUGAACAGCUGCACUGACGAUUCUGGGGAUCUGGCCACUUCUCUGGCACUGGAUGCAAUUUAUGCCUUGUGUGACAGUCAUACUGUGAAUAUUGCCUCUACUUGGCAGGCAUUGGGCAGCAAGUUUAGGGCUGAGCAAAGGCCACAGACUUUGAAAUCCCUCUAUCACCUAUUUGGACUUGUGCCGCUGCUGCAAACCCCAACGCUGGAGUACGAGAAACUGGCAGAUGAUGCACUAGAACAGCUAUGGCAGGCUAUCAGUCGUCCAAAUACGGAUGCCACACAGGUGCGAAAUGCACUUGCAGCACUCAAGAGCUACGAGCCGGGCAACACACUGUGUCUACGUCACAUUCCGCCGCAGUUUCGUUUCGAAAUUGUGGGAGGUGGUGCCGUUGUGCCUGGCACUCGAGAGGUUGUUAAUCUGCAAGAACAAGACACCAUACCGGGUGAGGUAUGGGUGCAGCUGCUGCAAAAGAUACGACCAGAGUGUGGUGAUGCUGCUGCUGAUCUGAUAGCCCAUUAUGUGGGCAACGAAAUCAGUGGCUUCCGCAGCGGUGUCUAUCGUCUGCCCGAGGGGAAACCCGAGCCUCGCAAGCUGGUUGGUCUUUUUGCCACCAGUCCGCUACGUGCUGUCAGCAAUUAUCUAGUGAGUCAAUCACGAUUCGGCGACUAUGUGCCCGAGCCGUAUGCCGUGACCUUUGCACUGCGUGCGCUCUCUAAGCGCUUUUCGAAGCCAAUACCACCGAUGGAUUGGAGCUGCCUGACCAGCUUUUUCCACCUGUCCUUCGAUGCUCGCAAAUACUGCAUCAUGAUUGCUAAGAAUCAGGCACUUCACAGCGGCACAGCUCGACGACUGCUGGAGAAUUUCUUAGCCGACUUUGAACCCAAUUGCUUUGAGGAGGAUCUGUUGCUAUUGUUCUCGUUGCUGCCGGAAAUCGGAAACAGCGUGAGCCUGCAAAUCUUAAAGAAUUUUGCCGAAAAGGUGGCAGUCUACUGCUUUAAGGAAUCACAGCUAAAUGACUUCGCCGAGGGCUGUUUGUUUGAGAAGUUUUUGGACAGCGUCAAGUAUAUAUUCACAGACAAAUGUGAGAUACCCGAAGUACUGGAUGUAUUCACACUAAUUGUGGAGCGUUACAUGGACUCAAUGAAUCUAGAUUCCAGACUAUUUGAACGUUACACCGAAGUGGUGUCAGUGCUGCAUCCCAAUGCCAUUGAUGGCCUGACCACGCCAGCGAAUUGGUGGGAAACACCAGCUGGAAAGCUAAAGAAGGCGACCAUUAUUCGCUGUUAUCUGGUAUUGUAUAACGAAAAACUGCCGAACCCCUUGAAAUGGUUAGCUCCCAUCAUUGAUGCCUAUGAACGUCGAGCGGAGGAACGUUCCUUCUUCUAUCGCCACCUGGCCGCCACUCUGUAUGCCUUUGGCAGCGAUGAGCAUGCCUGUAACUGGAUUAUGGAGAUAUUUGUGGAAAUACAAAUGUUGCUCGCAGAGGCGUCCAACAAAGAAAAACUCGCUAGAGCCUUGUAUCUACUUGAUAUAUUCAUAUUGGCUGUGGAUAUACUAUCUGGCUGUGGUGUACUGCUGGGCAGUGUUGACGUUGUAGCCACGGAUGGCAAGGAGCGUUUUAAUCUAUUUCCAGAGAGCUUGCAAUAUCUUUGCGAUCACAUUUUUUGGAAGGACCAAGAGGCAAAGAUUUACGAGUUCCUAUACAAUCUAUAUAAACAUGCAUCGAUUCCCCUCGCAUUUGCUGCCAUUUUCAAAGAAGCGAUUAUCUGCUCGAGAAAUAAACCUUACUUUGACAACAAAGGAGUGUGGACCAAAUACGUUGGCCUGAGAAAAUGAAUAUGAGAGCUAAACCAAUUUGACAGAAAACAAAGAAUUAACCCAGCAACAUAAAGUGCACUUAUUGUUACAGUUAAAACUUCAAUCCAUUUUUAUAGCUUCUUGUGCGAUAUUUGUUGAAUUUAUUAAAUGAAUUUUAGCAUUCAA